AUGUCUUUCACUCCCCACUGCAAUAUCUGUUUUAUUCCUAUCGAUUCCCCGCGCUCUUUGUUCACCUCUUGUGGUCAUUUCAUCUGCCCAACAUGCAGCAGCAAGAAAAUGAGUCCAAACAGUGAUAUUUGCCCACACUGCGGGCAAAGCUGCAGCACGCUGUUCGUGGAUGAAAACAUGCCCGACGAGGUGCAACAAUACAUUACAAGUAAUCCGAUUGAGCUGUUUACGCAGGCGGUCGAAAUCUAUAAAUUCCAAGAAAACCACAACCGGCUCUAUUUCGAAUAUCUCCAACGUCAAUUAGAGGAUCAGAAAAAGGAAUACGAAGCACAACUCAUCGCUUUGAAACAGGAAAACGAGCGACUCAAACGCUCCAAUCUCCCACCCAGCACACCGCGAUCGGCCCCUUUCCAACCCUCCGGAUUCUCCACUGUCAAACGCCCCGAUUUCAUCUCUCGCUUCAAGCCCAACUUCACCUCGAUGCCAUCAUCUCUCCCCAAAACGCCUUUAAGGCCUUCGUCCUCCAUAGCAGCUUCCUUAGGAGGAGGAGGAGGAACAGCAGCAACCAUAGGAGGAGCAGACGCCAAUGCAGGAAGCAAUCCAGUACUCAUCAGCCGCCCCUCAACGCCGAGCUUUACAGAGAAAAAACUGACGAAUCCGUUUUCGAAAGCAAGCGAAACAUACAGAACACCUUCGAGACAGUCGAGUAGCCGCAAAGGACUCGACAUUCCGGGAAGCAUCAUGCGACAUCCGCAAUUAACGAACACACCGGCUCGGUCUGUAUCCAAUCCUCCUUUUCAGUUGAUCCGACCCUCCAAAACUGCUCCAGCAUUUCAAUAA